AAGAAAAAUGAAUAAUUAAUUAAAUUAAGACGAUAGUCGAGGCGUAUAAAUACGCGUUGAAACAAUGAAUCCAGAAAAAUAUACAACAAACACCUUCAAUCAAGUUUGCUAUUUCACGUUGCCGAUAAGUAAAAAGAAUCAAACAACUAAAAUGUCGAAAGUAAUUCUAUUAUUAUUGUCAAUUUUCUUGAUAAUUGGCCUUUAUGCUAGUGCAGCUGAGGAAGGAUGCCCCGGCAAAUGGUGUCAUUCCUCGCAGGGUUACGGUUGUUGCGAAGGUUUUACGUGCUCCAGUGACUGGUUUCAAGGCAACUGUAUGUCUCAUCGUGACUGGAGAAAAAACCAGGGAAAAAUGGCGGCCAACGCGCCAUAAGUGGUGAAAAGAAAUGAUGGCGAUAUAUAAUUCCAUACAGGCAGUACAAAAUUCUAUUAUUCCGGAGCCGAUUCUCUAAGAUGCAGAUUUUAAUGCAAUAUAUUUUUGAAAGUAAAUCAAUUGUAACAGUCACAUCAAAAAGUUACUUUUUGUCUGUGUUUAUAUAUCUUAUCAUUCAUGUACGUUUUUGGUUUUACACAAUCAAUAAAUAAAGACGCAAACUAAUCUUCAAA